AUUACGACUAAUAAAGCAAGUAAUUUGAAAAUCAUUAUUCCACUUGCAUAAAUAAAAAAGAUACUCGUAACGACAACACCCACCAAUGCAGUAAACGAAAAUUCCAGAAAAUUAAAAAAAAAAAGAAAUUGUACAAUUACGGAAAACGACCGCCAACGAGCUCAGAUAGCGAUUGAAAUGCACCUGAGCAGUAGUUAAUAGGAAAAACCACACAGAAAAAAAAAAAAAAUCGCGGACGAAUUAAAAUACCAAACAAAAUUCGCUUAGCGCAAAACGAAAAUUCAGGAAAAGCGCACAGCACGAGCGCGGAACCUGUCGCUCUGUCUGGCUGUCCUCAAUAUUGACUAUUUAACAUAGCCAGCCAGCUUUGCUAUGCUAGUUGACUGCCUAAAUGCCAGCGAAAUGUAGCGACCAAGUGGCGCGCUGCAAUUGCAAUUGGAAAUGGAGUUAUCUGCCAUCAUUCCAGCGCUUUGUGAAAACAACUGUCCGAUCUGUCCGAGGCUGUCUAACAUUGCGAAGUUAAUAUCAAAAUAUUGCAGGUAUGCCGCCAAAUCGUUGCACUUUGCUGCCGUUGCAAGUUCGUCUAACAACAACAAAAUGCACGCCAUUAUAAUCCAGCAGCAACAGAAACCCCAUAGUUACUCCACAAUUGCCUUGUCAUUCUGCUGGUCGCUUCCAAAGCACAAAGCGCAAGGCGCAAGGCGCAAGGCAUUUGCAGUGCAACCAAAGUUCGUAUAUUCCAUAAACGAUGGAGAAAUAACAACAACCAAAAGGAAAGAAAAAAUAUUUUUCGUUAGUUUUUCAUGCAGAUUUUUUGCAAACGAUCUACUGAUGCGGCGAGCAGAUGAGCUGCAGCCGUAAUGGACCGACUAACCGUUUAAGCAGAGGAGUACGACGUCGACGUUGCAUCUUAGUAGCACAAGUGCAGCUUGCACGAAAAAUAAUCUUCUGUUGACAUUUCCGAAAUGGAUUGUUAGAUUUAGUAAAAUAUUUGUAGCAAUUUUUUAUCCGAAAAUCGUGAAAAUGUUAUUAGUUCACGUACGUAUUUCCUGUGAU